AUGGGUCAUUACCAAAAUCCCAAGAAGGAUGGGCAUUGCAUGGCUAUUGCCACCAGGAGUGGUAAGGCUCUUCCUGACCCUAUUUCUGCAGGUACUACACAUGAGCAUGUGUUAGAGAAAGCUGGAAGAGAGGAGGAUGAAGCUGAACAAGUAGAUGACUUGGAGUAUGCUCAACCAUUAGCCAAACCAGCAGGAGCAAAAGAAAAAGAGGUUGAGGGAACCAUGCCUUUACAACAGAUCCCAAGACCACGUCCUCCUUGCCCUCAAAGGCUUAAAAAGAAAGCCAAAGAUGGGAAAUUUGCGAAGUUCAUCACCAUGUUGCGACAACUGUCAGUAAACAUCCCACUGGUGGAAGCACUAGAGCAAAUGCCGAGAUAUGCCAAGUUCAUGAAGGACUUGGUCACAAAGAAAAGAGCUGUAAGUAUUGAUUUAACUAACAAUAUUCAUCACUGCAGUGCUAUUGCUACCAGGUCUCUGGUACAGAAAAAGGAGGAUCCGGGUGCAUUCACCAUACCGUGA